UUCUCACCUCCAUCCACUUCGAGCAGAGACGCUCUGCAGACGUUAGUCCUGAUCUUCUCUCAGCUCCACAUGUCGAUCAGACUGACUCGCUCCGAGUUUCAGCUCCACUCAGACCUGCAGGAUGAGGACUGUUUAUCUGGGAAUGCUGCUCUUAUUCCAACGCGCUGUUUCCUCCUUAACGGAGUUCAGCGUUAAUGGAGAGAUCAGGAACUUUGCUGUUGGAAACGGGAAAGUGUUCGUCGUCACCGACUCUCAGCUCCUCCAGAUGAGGCUCGAUCUAGCAGAGGAAAAACACAAGGACAUACAGAACCACAGACACCAGAACCGAGUUAAUAUUUUACUGCCUUUCGACGCGAAUAAGACCCUGAUAACCUGCGGAACCUCUGACUGUGGAUACUGUGAACUCCUGGACAUCAAUGACAUCAGCAGAAGUCUCUACAGGGAGGAUGUUCCAGUUUCACCAUCUGUUAAUAAAUCAUCUGUUUCUUUUAUUGUAGAUUUUGAUGAAGGAACAGAGAAAUACAUGCUGGUUGCCAGAGAGGAGAUUCCUGAUGACUGUGGCUCUGAUGAAGGAGUUUCUCUGCAUAACACUCUGGAAUCUCAACAAGGAGGAAUUUUCUCUAAAUCAGGCAUUGAGCCAACUGAAGCCAACAUUUCUCCACAGAGUGAUGCUGAGUGGAUUGAUGGCUUCCAAUCAUCUCCUCCCUCUCACUCGUACCUGCUGGUGAACGUUAAGUCUAGAACAGGUCCAGCUGUGGUGGUCUUAAGGAUGAAGAACGGCCGCAGUAAAUCAGAAAUGACCAGAUCUUUAGAAGGUGCAGUGCUGCAGUGCUGUGAUGAUAAAGAGCGUAAAAAGCUCUUGUCCUCCUCUGUAGUUCUCUCCUCUGGAUCUCCUCUUCUCUGGACGGGAAUAUUCACUGCGCAAGAACCGAACGACCCCCAGAAAACUGCUUUGGCCAUUUACGACCUGAGUCAGAUCAGAGACCGAGUACCUUCAUAUUUCAGCUGUAAACCAACGUGCAGAGCUCAGAAAGGAGAAGAUGUUCUGAGGCCUCGUGCUGUGGUGCUCAAACACAGUUCAAUGUCAUCUGUAGCAGCAGAAAAGAAAGGAUCCUGGAUUGAGCUCUACAUCGGAACUGCUACUGGACAACUGCUGAAGAUUGUGCUGGACAAGGCAUUGAAUUCUGGCUGUGUGACAGUGCUGUACAGCUCGGAUGAUGGCAACAUGGUGUUUCCCAGAAUGCAGUUUGACCCAGAGGAUCAUAAAUACAUCUACGUAGCUUCGAAAAAUCAAAUCAGGCGAGUAGCAGUGUCUCAGUGUGGUGUGCACAGCACUUUCACCGACUGCAGAGCUUCUCAGGACCCUUCCUGUGGCUGGUGUGUAACCACAAACAAGUGCUCCAGCAAGGUGGGAUGCUCCAACUCCAUUUGGAUCCCCAUUCCUGAAGAUUUUUUUCAGAAGGAGCUGAUCACAUUUCAAGUGGCCAAAGUCUCUGGAAAGGUCAGUCUGAGUCUCUACCUGAUAGCACAGGGCACAGUAGGUCCUCCAUUAAAAUGCAGUAUUAAGGCAGGGAAUGUGGAUCUGUGUGACAACCUGACCUCAGUUUCCCAGAACAGCUGCUCCUGCAGUUUCUCCAGCCAACGUCUGCCUCCUGAAGGACUCAGAGUCAUAGCAGCCGUCACUAUUGGAGAUCAGAAAAUCACAGAGAGCCUGAAACUGAGGAACUGCCCAAACAUCACAGAGACAUCACCAUAUGCUGCAUGUGCAGCGUGUGUCUCAGUUGGGUGUCACUGGUCUCCUGUUAGUCAGAAUUGCAGCUGGACUCAGGGUUCUGCACCACAGGUACACAUACAGGAUGCGUGUAAAGAAUUCUCUUCUAAGAAGUACACACCAGAGAUCCUCUCCGUGUUGCCUAACCAAGUCUCACUUUAUGGCAAAAACAAUGCAGUAAUAAAGGGGAAAAAUCUGGAUCCAGUUGUGAAAAUUCGCUUACAGGGGUUGAAGGAGUGUGAUUUAAAAGAGACUCCAGCGCUGGAGCGCUCCACUGACACGCUGAAGUUCAGUAUUCCGAGGAGAAAUAAAGGAACUGUGAAGGUGUGUGUGGUGACAGCAGAUGGCCGUUGUCAUAGUAACGCUACCAUCACUUAUGGCACUCAGCCCACUUGUACUGGACUGCAGCCUAGAAACACCUGGGCCAGUGGGGGGAGGAAGAUUGAAGUGCUGGGGAGCGGUCUGCAGUACGUGGAGACAAUCAUAGUGAAUAAUAAAGAAAUAAGCGUCAAGUCAAGCACUGUGGGUGUCUGGUUUCACUCUCCAUCUCUCAGGGUGGGUGAGAGCUCUGGGCUGUUCUGUGUCUCUCUCAGAGUGGGGAACUCAACAGUGGACUGUGUACAUAAACUCUCUUACCUCCCAAACCCAGAAUUCAUCAGCUUCUCCACCUCUCAGGAUGUCAGUUAUGGUUUAGUUUUCAUUAAUGUAAAGCAGGGCAGGCUGAAUAUGCGUGUGGAGGAUGUAAAGGUGUGGGGUUUGCAGGAAGAGAAGCAGUUUGAGUGUGUGGUAGAGAAAGUCAUAUCCACUGCUAUUGUCUGUGACAUUCUGGAAACACAGGAAGUCAGAAUAAAUGUGACCUCGCUCAGGAUCAGUGUUGGCGACUUUUCCACAAUUCUAAAAACUCAAGUGGGACACACAGACAGUUUGUUCUGUGUGUAAGAUUCACCCUGAAUUUCUGAGUCCUGUAAGAAAAUGAUCCUGAUCAUCUCUCUCUUCUCUUCAGUCAACGUGCUUUUGUAAUUAUGUGUCUGUUCUCAGUGUUUACAUGUGCACAGUUCAGUUCCAACCUGCAUCUAAUAUGCUGCUCCCCCUCCUUUAGUCAAGAUAGUUAUUAUUAUUAGUAUCAUUUUCUUUUUCUUUCACUUUCAUAAUUUUUUUGCUAGUGCUCUAUGUGCCUGAAAUACCUAAAUGCACUCAUUUGAGGGCGUGUCCACAUACAUUUGGCCAGUGUAUGGAAAUUGUAAAGUGUUCAUUUUCAUGAUGUCAUAGAUGUAAUAAAAAGGCUAUUUUGCUUUUUAAUUUUAACAUUUGACAUGAAACCUAUAACAAUGUUUACAUACUAUUAUUGUUAAGGAAAAUUAGGUUUAGGUAGCAUGAUAUGGGUCUGUUCACACUCUAGGGAUCACAAAAUGUUUUAAGAUAUUCAGCUUCCUUAUAUCACACAUAGACAUGCAUGAAAGCAUAUAUAUAUACAGCUAUAGGCACAGGGCUUUCUGCAGUUACUCAUGUCAGAUUUCAUAACUAUGCAGGAUAUGAGGCACAUUUAAACAUGGUAUGAGUGUUCAUAUAAAGUGUUAGCUGAUGUUCUUGUGUAUAUAUUUGGGAAUAAUCAUCAUAAUUAACUGGAGUUUUGUUCAUUUAAUUUCAGUUGAUUUUUUUUGCUUCUAAUUAUGUUUUAAGAACAUCAGUUAAAACGCCCGGUCAUACUUUAUUUGGAUGGUCUCCUAUAGAUGCUCUUUAGCUAGUAAAAUCAUUAACAAACUUUCUGGUGAUCCCCAGUUGAUUAUCAACAACAUUAGGGUUAGGAGUAGAGUUGGGGAUAGAUUUAUGAACUUCAGUUGAGUUUAAUGGUUAUUGAGCUGAAUGUUAUUGAAAGACAGACUGAGCAUUUGCAAAGAAUCUAUACUGAACCAUCUAAGUUACAUUCAACUUCAAGUUUAAUGGCAUUUAAUGACCAUUCAAUUGAAUGUUACUUAAAUAUAUAUACGGAACAUUUACAAAGAAUCUACAAUGGACCAUCCAAAUAAAGCGUUGCCAAAAUACUCUCCACUGCCCUGAUGUCAAAAUGUGCUGGGUAUAUAAAAAGAAACAUCUAGUGCAGCGGUUAGUGGCUCAUUUAAACUACGGAGGCCUGAUUGUUAUGAAUUGUUGUUUCUAGAACACAAUAGCAAGAAUUUGGCCCUGUUUUAAUAAUGCGGCUACAUUUUAUCAUUAUCUUGUUUUAAGAUACUUCAGAUUCCAUGUGAUGUAACAAUGUUUAUUUGUUGAUGCAAAAAUGUUCCUUUGGACAAGGUAAAUAUCUUUACAAUA